CUUUGUUAGUGAGAGAGGGGGAGAUAUAGAGAGGGCUGUGAAACAGACCUUUCCCGACACACUUUUGGUCUCAUUUUUUUCUUAGUAAGAUUUAAGUGCUUCACACGUAGAAAACAUGCUAUAUCGAUAUCAAUUUAAAAGGCCAUCAGCAAGUUUAGCACUGCUCAUGACGCCAGGUUUCAAUUGCACAUUAAAGUUAGCCCGCUAUAGUUAUCUCGGCUGUUAGACGUUCUUGUUUUAAGUGAUUAUUUCGUCGCUUUGUAGACUUUAAAUGUCGAUACAUGUGGUGAAUUUAAUUUCGAAAUAAGGGACGUGUUCAGUCUCACCGGUAAUGUGUGUGUGCUGAACUCACCGACUUUCUUCUACACGCAAACCGGUAUACAGUCGACCUGUUUAUUUUAAGACAUACAUUUUAAGUGAUAUUCUUUAACUUGACGUCGUGUGAUACUAUAGGCUAACAAACAGACAGUGACUCAGUAUAAAUGUCUCUAGACGCUCGGUAUUUUAAACAGCACUAGGCUUCCUCGAAGUCUUCUGAAUCUUUCCGGUUUAGGACAAGAUGAAGUAUAAACUCUCUAUCUGGAAAACGAAUUAAGUGUUUUUAUACGAAUAGUCUUAAUUGUGGAGGAGGGAGUAUUUCCCCCCUUUAACUUUCAUUCUUUUGCUCGAUGGCCAAGAGUGAAAACACACCGCCUCGUAUGUUACGCUAGGAAAAAAACACCUCAAUCUUUCCAAAGGUGUCUUGCAUACAGAGAUUAUUUGCCAAAUAAUGUUUAUUUGGCAAAUAAAGUAACGCAUUUGGAGAACAGAUUUAGGUUAAGAUCAAGAAAUCCUCUCAAACAGCUGUGGUUUCGCUAGCCGGUGUGCUAGCCUUCACCUCAGCUCCCCGAAAUGUCGAUUAUCUCCAACGAAGCUGUGGUCUUGAUAAAAGAUGUAAAGCCCGGAUCGAAAAACCUAAAUAUCGUCUUUAUAGUUUUGGAAAUCGGUCGGGUGACAAAGACAAAGGACGGGCACGAGGUGCGCUCGUGCAGAGUGGCGGAUAAGAGCGGCAGCAUUGCCAUCUCUGUGUGGGAUGAGCUGGGCAGCCUCAUCCAGCCAGGGGACAUCAUCCGCCUUACGAGAGGUUAUGCCUCCAUCUGGAAGGGCUGCCUUACACUGUACACUGGACGAGGAGGAGACUUGCAGAAAAUAGGAGAGUUCUGUAUGGUGUAUUCUGAGGUUCCAAAUUUCAGUGAGCCAAAUCCAGAGCUUCUUGCACAAGCUAACCAACAGAACAAGAUGGGUAAAGAACAGCAGGGAAAUUCUCCACCGAAUCAAAAUGCAGGUACACCUGCGCAAACAGGAAAUGGUACUGUGCCAGUGCUUCCCAAUAACAAUGCUGCACCUAUGCCUCGGGAUCCCAACUUUGGGGCUCCAGGAAGACCCAAUGGGCGUGUUCCAGGCAAUGGGCAACUCUCAGUAACUGCAGGGGGACCUCCUGCUCUACCCAAACCCACUGUCACAAUUAGCAAUGGCAGGGACCUGAGAAGGGCUUUAAAGAGAUGAGACAUUUACUGCAAAACCAUUUUCCUGUUCCUACUCCCUUAAAUCUUCACACAAACCAUCCUAAAAUACACAUAACAAAACUGCCAAUCAAGAGAUACAAGGUUUGAUGUUACAGAUUUUGCCACCUGUGCUUUUGCUUUCUCAUUUGCCAAGAACUGCAUUGUAUAAUUAUGAUUUGCCAAUCACAAAAGGUUAAUUCAACUUUUUCAAUUCAAUACAUAUUCCAUAAAGGUUGACAUCCUCUCCACCCAUUAAGUGCCAGUUCAAUAGCCCACCACGUAUAUCCUUUCUCUAAAUGUGUUGUUAAACUAUACACCCUACUUGAACACUUGAUGCACUUUCUUAUCUUGAUUUAUAGUGAACGCAUUACUAUAAUGUAAUUCAGGAAUGGUUUACUGCUGUUGCAAAUGGGAAUUUAACUUUUUAAAGUGAAUGACUACUUUGUGGGUUCUUUCCCUUUGGCCAAAAACUAACCAGAAGUGACCAUGUAAAAGGAAAGGUGAUAGUUUAAUUGGACACUUAAGAUUAUUUAAUUAGGAAUAAAUCAAAAAGGAACAAAAAGUUGAGAAUAAA